AUGCCACCGAUCGUCGCCGGCAGCGCGCCGCCCGACAAGAUCCGCAACCUCGCCUCGAUCCUCCCCAAACUCGCCCUCGGCGACGACGUGCCCACGCACCUGCGCCCGCUCAAGACGCUCGCGACCCCCGCCCUCAUCGCCAAGGAGGUGUCGCUACCCGGCGGCCAGGCCGCUUCCCCCAUUCUCCUCCUGCGCGGCGUCGUCGGCGUCAAGGCCUCGCAGGACCACCCCGAGAUCGGCCGCCUCGCCCACACGCUCGACAAGACGCUCACCAGCAUCUACGCCCUGCCGCUCCACGAGCGCAGCCUCAAGAACGACGAGAUCGUCUUCCUGCAGAAGGCGUUCCACGAGUGCAUCAAGGCCAACCUGUUCAAGUUCGACGACCUCAAGGGGAUGAUGUCCAAGUACGCCGUGGCUGCGCACGAGCACGCCGUCCUCGACGCGCACAAGGACCUGCGCCACGCCAUCAAGAAGGAGGACAAGAAGGAGGAGAAGCACCGCGACCAGGAGCACGCCGUCGCACAGCAUGUGCGCGCUCUCGGUGCCGUCGAGCCCGAGAUCGAGCCGAUCGUGUACACCAAGGCCGAGCAGAUGGCGGGCGCCGUCCUGUCGCUCCUCAACGUGUACCUGCGCCGCAAACGGUACGCGCCGUACUAUUCGGCGAUCCUCCCGGCCCAGUCGGUCAACGACAUCGGCAAGUACGACGGCAAGCGCGCGAGCUACGUCAUCAAGCCCGGUCACGAGAAGGACGUCCUCGCGACCCUCAAGGAGAUCACGGCGGCCAACGGCAUGGGCUCGCUCACCAAGGUCCUCCUCGUCGAGAUCGUCUCGAGCAUCGGUCGCACCAAGGAGCAGGUCACUGCGGCUGCCGCCGCCAAGAAGAAGCUGAGCCCGCUCGACAAGCUGGCGCGCGACUACAUCGAGGUCGCAGCCGGCCACGUCUCCAAGGUGCUCCACGUCAAGCUCCUGUCGGUCCAGUCGGCGCCGCUCUUGUACAACUACCACAAGGGCAUGAUCAAGAAGGCGUUCGCCGACGCCAACGGCGAGACGCUCAAGCGCCGCAAGAAGGAGGGCGCCGGCGAGCCCUUUUCGACCGCCGAGUUCGCGGCCAUCGUCAAGGGCCUCGAGACGCUCACCAAGAGCUCGCAGGAGGAGCAGGAGGGCGCGCGCGCCUCGACGCUCGCCGCAGCCGUCAACGUCGUGAGCAAGUACGAGCGCUCGGCCUUCCAGUGCCUCAUGUACACGUACCGCCACGCGUCGACGCUCGCCGUCGCGCUCGUCAAGCUCGGCCUCAAGGACUCGCACAUCCUCGCCGUGUUCCCGCCGCACCGCGCCGACAUGGUCAAGGAGGCGAUCAAGUCGCACAAGGAGAAGAGCAAGGGCAAGCAGCGCGCGAUCGACCCGGCCGACAAGGCGCUCGAGAAGAACGACGACCUCGACGAGCUCAUGCUCGCCGGCAUCGUCAAGGUCGAGGACAUCAACGACUCGGACCUGAUCGACGCCGUCGUGUGGGAGACGACGGUCAAGGACGAGGAGGAGCAGCGCGAGCAGGGCUCGGGCCAGAAGGCCAACAAGUCGGGUGGCACCAACUCGGCGUCGACGUCGUCGGCGCCCAAGUCGCUCCAGCCGCAGCAGAAGACGGCCGUCCGCGAGAAGGACUACAAGUCGGGUGGCUCGGCGUCGACGUCGACGUCGACUGCGUCGACCAAGGCCAAGCCCGUCAACUCGACGCCCGUCUCGGCGUCGUCGCUCCAGACCAAGACGGCGCACGCGUCGCAGAGCACGGUCUCGAGUGUGCCCAAAGGCCUCAAGCGCAAGCCCGACGAGUCGGCAGCCUCGGGCAACGUCACGUCGCAGCGCGAGGGCUCGCCCGUCCCCAAGAAGGCCAAGGUCGACAAGGCCAAGGUCGACAACGACAAGAAGCCGCACAAGAAGCAGGCCGACAUCGCGUCGCUCCUGAUGGGCAUGCGCCCGAUCAGCAAGAUCAAGAAGCACUCGUCGACCCUGAGCAACCUCCCCGUGAGGGAGGGCUCGCUGUUCGCGGCCGAGACGAGCGCGUGGAUCAAGAAGCCCUUCACUCUUGACCACUCGGACUUCACCAAGGGCUACAACAGCCGCCGCCUGCGCGCCUCCGCGCAGCACAAGUACGACCUCGUCAACGGGCGCUACGUGCUCAAGCCCUCGUUCUCGUCGGGCGCCGAGGCCGACGACUACGACCACGGCGACGCGUCGAUGGACGACGACUGCGUCGUUGUCGAGGACGACGACUGCAUCGUCGUUGAGCGUGCGACCGGCGGCCGCGUCGAGCAGGGCGGCCAGUCGGGCAAGGACGCGACCGAGGGCUGA